AUGCUUCCAGCAAACUUCUCUCCUUUUCUGUACAGCCUUGUACCACAAUGGGUCGCGCAGGACGCAUCCACUUGCGAGCUGAUCAAAUUCAACGCGUUUGAAACUUUGAUCAAGGGACCACUGACUGCAGUCACUGGCUCAUCUUGGCCACCAGCGGCACCAAGGUUCGUCCACGGCGUCAAUGCUACGGCGGGUGAACAGUGGGCAUUCGACGCUACCUCUUCUGAUGGCAAAUCCGGACUGCUCAUCGGAUUCUAUCACGACCCUACGUAUGCUUUCCUAGGUCCUGGAAAUCUGAGGCUAUCCCUAGACGCAGUGUGGCCAAAUGGUUCGACGUGGUCAGUAGUCGAUUAUCUGUCUGAGGCACACCUGAAGAUCUGCAACCAAGUCACGACUGGCAUCUGGAGCAAGAAUAAUGAGAGCACGUUCUACGCUUUCCACUUUGAACCUGAGAAGUCUCUCGUCUCCCUCGAAUUCCAUACUCCAAGUGUUCACGGUUCGAUCACCAUAAACUCUUUGCUCCCAGCUCGCUUUCCCGAUGGCGCUCUCGAAAGUACGCAUACCGUGCAGGCAUCCACUUUCAAUGCACCCGCAGUGGAUUGGAUCGAGAUCAUACCCGCAGGUCGUGCCGAUGUUCGACUUUCUCUCGAUGGGACCCCAUUCACGUGGGCUGGUAUGGGUGGUGCUGAGCGAUGGUGGGCAGGUCAAGGUUGGCUAGAUGCUUUCCAGGGCUGGACCGCUGUGAGGGCUGUUCUGGGUCCAUAUGUGCUCACGUAUUGGGCACCGACUUCAAGACUCCAAGCUGGAAAGAUCUUCCCGUCCGCAUUCUUGGCUCGCAGGGGUCGCAAGAUCUUUUCUGCAUCUCGUAUCGGCCCUUCAAUGGAUACAACCAAUCUUGAUCCUUACAUCGAGUAUCGAGCUUUCUCAGAGACCGGCGACCUUGUUUCGUCCACUAUGGAUCCGGGUACCAAUAAGCCUGGAGUUGCCAAAGGCUACGUGCUCAGUCUGGUUGAGCCUCGAGACGGGAAGCGAUGGGAUUUCACCCUCCUUCACGAAAACAUGGAGUUUAACUUUGACUUAGGAAACGAUAAUGGUGGUGUAGCUUACGUUGGAAAGGCCAAGGGUGGGGAGGUUGGGGACGAUACAUAUGACGGUGUUUUCUUCAACGAGAAGGUGGACGUUACUAAACUAAAGGUGCCGGGCUUUUACAUCAUGGCAGCGACAUGGUUCCAUAGAGUAAAGGCCGGCAUCUUCGGUCAUUGA